AUCAUCACCACCACCACCCGCCGCCGCCGCCACCAUUAUCCUCAUUUUCUCCGGCACUUGUGGGCAAGGGGCAUCGAUCUUCGAUCAGGAAGAUGGCUGCUGGCUGGUGGCUCUUCUUUAGCCUGACACUUUUGCAGACCUUGGUGAUAAACCUCUCCGCGGAAGGGCCCUUCCCUUCUGCCACAACGAUAAAGCGGUGGGUGGAUAAGAUGCAAGAAGACCUAGUGAGACUGGUGAGAACGGCGAGCGGGGUGGAUGAACUUGCUCAAAUAUAUCUGCAAAACACACAAUUGUAUACUGUGGAAGCCAACAAUGCACGGCAGUUGGUAGAAAGUGCAGCCCGGGACAUCGAAAAACUCCUGAGCAACAGAUCUACAGCCCUGGUGCGUCUUGCUGAAGCAGCAGAGAAAUUUCAGAAAGAACAUCAAUGGCAGGAUGAGUUUGCGACCAAUGAUAUUGUGUACUACAAUGCAAAAGAUGACUUGAAUGAAUCUGGAAGAAAUGAGAGUGAAACUGGCAGUCAGAGAAUCAAACCAGUGUUUGAAGAGGAUCCUGUUUUUCGUCGGCAAACGUCCUACCAGCAUGCAGCAGUCCACAUACCAACCGAUAUAUACGAUGGCUCUACAAUCGUAUUGAAUGAACUGAACUGGACAGCAGCCUUAGAUGAAGUCUUCAAAAGGAACAGAGAGGAAGAUCAAACAUUGCUAUGGCAAGUCUUUGGCAGUGCAACUGGCCUGGCCAGGUAUUACCCAGCAUCGCCAUGGGUGGACAAAAGUCAAACUCAGAACAAGAUAGAUCUAUAUGAUGUCCGUAGAAGACCCUGGUAUAUCCAAGGAGCGGCAUCCCCCAAAGACAUGCUCAUUCUAGUUGAUGCGAGCGGCAGUGUCAGUGGAUUGACGCUGAAGUUGAUCCGAACGUCCGUCAUUGAAAUGCUAGAAACAUUGUCUGAUGACGAUUUUGUGAACGUCGUUUCAUUCAAUGAAAAUGCUCAGAACGUCAGUUGUUUCAACCAUCUUGUACAAGCUAAUGUGAGGAAUAAGAAGAAGUUGAAAGAAGCCGUCAAUAAAAUCCAAGCAAAAGGAAUCACCGAUUACAAAAAAGGUUUUAGUUACGCCUUUGAACAGCUGCUAAACCACAGCCACAGUAUCUUCAGAGCUAACUGCAACAAGAUUAUAAUGUUAUUUACUGAUGGUGGUGAAGAAAAAGCGCAGGAGAUUUUCAGGAAAUACAACCAGGACAAGAAGGUCCGCGUAUUUACAUUUUCUGUUGGUCAACAUAAUUAUGAUAAGGGACCCAUACAAUGGAUGGCCUGUGAAAAUAAAGGUUACUAUUAUGAAAUUCCUUCCAUUGGUGCCAUUAGAAUAAACACACAGGAAUACUUGGAUGUUUUGGGGAGACCAAUGGUUCUGGCUGGAAAACAAGCCAAACAAGUCCAGUGGACCAAUGUUUAUCUGGAUGCACUGGAACUUGGCUUGGUCAUUUCGGGAACCCUGCCUGUCUUCAACUUGACAAAAGACCAAUACGGUAAACAGAACCAGUUGAUACUCGGAGUAAUGGGUGUUGAUGUUUCGUUAGAAGAAAUCAAAAAACUGACCCCACGGUUUACACUAUGUCCAAAUGGCUAUUAUUUUGCAAUUGACCCCAACGGUUAUGUGUUACUUCACCCAAAUCUUCAACCAAAGCGCAUUGGUGUGGGCAUACCCAAAACUAGAAAGAGGCGACCCCAUGUCCAGAAUCCCAAAUCUCAGGAGCCAGUGACUCUGGAUUUUCUGGAUGCGGAGCUGGAAAAUGAUAUUAAAGUUGAGAUUCGGAAAAAAAUGAUAGAUGGAGAAGGUGGGGAUCGGACGUUUACAACGCUGGUCAAGUCUAAAGAUGAGCGCUACAUUGACAAAGGAAACAGAACAUACACAUGGACACCUGUGAAUGGUACUGAUUACAGUUUGGCCUUGGUAUUACCAUCCUACAGCUUUUACUAUAUUAAAGCCACCAUUAAUGAAGCUCUAAUUCAGGCUAAAUUUACUGAAACUCUGAAGCUAGAUCGCUUUGAUGAAUUCGGAUACACGCUUUUAGCACCAAGAGAAUACUGUAGUUCUGUGAAAAUAACGGAAAAGAACAACACUGCGUUUCUUCUGAAUUUCAGUGAAUUUAUUGAUCGAUAUACACCUCAAAACCCUUCAUGUAAUGAGAUGGUUAUGAGAGCUUUGCUGGAUGCAGGAUUUACAAAUGAACUUGUUCAGAAUUACUGGAGUAAGCAGGACCCUGAGGGAAUUACAGCACGAUUUGUAGCUACAGAUGGAGGAAUCACCAGAGUGUAUCCCAAAAGUGCAGGCGAAUAUUGGGCAGGUAAUGCUGAAACCUAUGAAGAGAGUUUCUACAAGAGGAGCUUGGAUAAUGAAAAUUAUAUCUUCACAGCUCCUUUUCCCAACAGAACGGUCUCUGAAGAAGGCAUUAUGGUAAGCAAGGCUGUGAAAAUUACCGUCAAUGGAAAACUUCUAAAACCAGCAGUUGUUGGAGUAAAAAUCAAUAUAACCAACUGGAUGGAAAAUUUCACGAAAAUCACGACAAAAAAUCAGUGCAAAACUGAACUAUGUGGAUGUGAAAAGAACAGUGAGCAUGUUGACUGUGUUAUCCUUGACGAUGGGGGAUUUCUUUUGAUGACAAAUCAGGAUGAUUAUAUUCCAGAGAUCGGGAAAUUCUUUGGUGAGAUCGACCCAAGCCUCAUGCGAAAUCUCAUUAAUAUGUCCUUAUAUGCCUUUAACAAGACUUACGACUAUCAGUCUGAGUGUGAUCCAGAAGAAGAACCAAAGCAAGGAGCUGGACUCCGCUCUGUCAAUGUGCCUACAAUAGCAGAUAUCUUGCAUCUAGGGUGGUGGGCCUCUGCAGCUGCUUGGUCUAUCCUGCAGCAGCUCUUUUUGGGCCUGACAUUUCCACGUUUUCUUGGUGCAGCGGAAGUGGAAGAAGACGACUUCAGUGCCAUCCCAUCAAAACAGAGCUGCAUUACAGUACAAACUCAGUAUUUCUUUGGGAAUGAUGAUAAAUCAUUUAAUGGCAUCCUAGACUGUAUAAACUGUUCUAGACUUUUCCAUGCAGAGAAAAUUUCUAAUACAAAUUUAGUAUUCAUAAUGAGCGACAGCAAAAUUAUGUGCCAUCACUGUGAUGCAAGGCCACUGAUGCAAGCAGAGAAGCCGGAUGAAGGGCCUAAUCAAUGUGAAAUGGUUCAGCAACCCAGGUACAGAAAAGGACCCGAUGUCUGCUUUGACAAUGACAUUCAGGAGAUUUCAACAGACUGUGGGGGUGCCUCUGGCUUGAACCCAUCACUCUGGUCCAUUGUAGGAAUCCAGUUGAUCCUGCUCUGGCUGUUAUCUGGAAGCAGACAUUACCAGUUAUGACCCUGUUAAAACCAAAACCUGUGUACGAAAUCAAGAUCCUGCCAAAAUGUUAGCCCACCAUUUCAUUUGGGAAAAGGGGGUCAGCCUGCUCAGAUCACAGAUAAAUGCCAAUGCCCAUUACUUGAUACCUUCUUUGGAAAGACUCUGAAGGCACCCACCGUGGCUGCAUGUUGGCGUGUCAGAUCUGUAGACGUGUGUAAAUGCUGCAUCAUCUGGGCCAUCGGAACUGAAUUCUAUAUGUGCUUUACUGAGGAAUUGCAGGUUUUUUGUGCUUUUGAAGACUUUUAUGUAAAAAGGGCUCCCCUUUUAAAGGUUACAUGCUUUCUAUUUAUUUGUUCUUAGUUUUGAAUUUGUUACACUCUUUAUUCUCUAAAACAAAUGCUAUGUAAGGGUGUGGGAAACCCUGUCAUUUCCUCGGCCCUCAUAUUUAGAGUACUGAUGUUUUUUAAUGCCUGCUUUCAAUAUCAGUUCUGUCCAAAAUGCAAAAUAGACUUCAGUUUCAUCCAGAAAAGUUUUAUACUGGCUAGCCCAGGGGUCACUUGGAAUUUUGAGAAAAUAUCAUGGGCACUGUCACAAAAUGCCUGCCUUGGAGGCAUGUCCAUUCAUGAAAUGGCUAUUGUGGUGGGUGGGGUCAGUCACCAAACACCCAUUUCAUAGAGGGCAGACUGGUAAGGUUAAAGGCAAGUAAC